GAUUCGGGCAUUUAACCCUGAUUACCCACCCUGAUGGCUUAGCACGGAGAUUUUCAACGAUCUGGUCGCUUCCUCGCUUUUGUCCACCUCGACUCGACGGGCCGCACCGACAAGGGUUUUCUUGCAGUUCUCUUCCAUUGUUGUGCAAACGAUCAUAAUAAGAUGGCCGACGACGCUCCAAAGAUGGAUCAGAUAAAAUCUCUGCUGGGAGGUGCCGCUGCCGGCGUUUCGACAGUUUUGGCCGGUCAUCCAUUUGAUACCCUCAAAGUUCGCCUGCAAACCAGCAAUCAGUACAAAGGAUUGGCGGACUGCUUCAAACAAACUGUAGCCAAGGAAGGGUUCCUUGGCCUCUACAAGGGCAUGGCGUCUCCCCUUGUUGGUGUUACCCCAAUGUUCGCUCUCAGUUUCUGGUCCUACGACCUUGGCUGUCAACUUGUGCGUAACGUUACCCCGAACCGUAAAAAUACGGAUCUGUCGUUGACCGAGUAUGCCAUUGCCGGAGGUUUCUCGGCUAUCCCGACCACAAUUGUGACAACUCCCAUGGAACGAGUCAAAGUCAUACUGCAGACUCAGGAUCAAGCUGCUGGGGGAAAGAAGUACAAGGGAAUGUUGGACGCAGGUGCCGAUAUGUGGCGUGAAGGAGGUAUCCGCUCUUUAUACCGUGGCACAAUCGCGACGUUGGCUCGCGAUGUACCAGGAUCUGCUGCAUACUUCUGGGCCUAUGAAGCUGUUUAUCGUGCACUAAAGCCAAAGGGACAAGAGGGGCUUUCAGUGGGAUCCGUUCUUUUCGCGGGUGGAAUGGCUGGGGUUGCGAUGUGGUCCAUUGCUAUUCCUCCUGACGUUAUUAAAUCCCGCAUUCAGGCAGCACCUGCAGGAACUUACAAAGGCUUCGUUGACUGUGGUGUCAAAAUCAUCGCAUCUGAAGGACCCACAGCACUGUUCAAGGGUUUGGGACCGGCACUUCUCCGCGCCUUUCCGGCGAACGCAGCCGGUUUCUUAGGACGUGCCGCCAUGAUGGAAGUUUUGCAUCGCCUGUGGUAAUCAGUACUACGUAAAAUAGUUUAGACAGCCUCACAUAGUCUAGGAGCACAAUUGACAAGUUAUCGACCUCUAUUAUUUGAAAUACACACUUUCACAGCUUGAUCGACAGGAACAGUUAAACAGGGACUGGUAGAUAUUCUUUCGCAGCUAAAAAAC